CUGUGAAAUGGACUCAACUAAUGUCACGUCUAUUUUUUGUUUAUUUCACAAAAUUCUACAAGCUAUAUGAUUUAAGUUAAAUUAUUUGUUUGGUUUAACAUCGGACAAACUUCACAGCGACACCGCCCAUAGUCGUCGUCAUUCAUCCUGGGUCACCGAAGCACAGAGAGGAGGGCGCACGUCUCUGUGUUCAAGGUUCCUCGCAAUGGAGCUGGCUCACAGUCUCCUGCUCAAUGAAGAUGCUUUGGCCCAGAUCACUGAAGCAAAAAGGCCCGUCUUCAUCUUCGAAUGGCUCCGGUUUUUGGAUAAAGUGCUUGUGGCAGCAAAUAAGGUUGAUGUAAAAGAGAAGCAGAAGAAGCUGGUGGAACAGCUGACGGGACUAAUCAGCAGCGCUCCGGGACCACCGACUAGAAAACUCCUGGCCAAAAACCUUGCUACGCUCUACAGCAUUGGUGACACCUUCACUGUUUUCCAGACUCUUGAUAAAUGCAAUGACAUCAUCAAAAGCAAGGAUGACACACCUGCAUACUUGCCAACAAAACUUGCUGCAGUGGCAUGUGUUGGGGCUUUUUAUGAGAAGAUGGGGAGGAUGCUGGGAAGCUCCUUUCCAGAUACCAUCAAUAAUCUUUUAAAGGCAUUAAAGAGUGCAGAGUCACAAGGUAGAGGAGAGAUCCUUCUGAGUCUGCAGAAGGUGCUCAGUGGACUGGGUGGAGCUGCAGCUUCUUGUCACAGAGACAUCUACAAGAAUGCUCGCUCUCUGCUUACAGACAGGUCCAUGGCUGUGCGCUGUGCAGUAGCAAAGUGCCUGUUGGAGCUACAAAAUGAGGCUGUAUUCAUGUGGACCACUGAACUGGAGAACGUCGCUACUUUGUGUUUCAAGGCCUUGGAAGGGUCUAACUAUGGCGUUCGGGUAGCCGUAGCGAAACUGCUGGGGACAGUUAUGGCCACGGCCCUGAUGCCUAAACAAGCAGCUGUGAUGCGUCAGAAUGUAAAGCGAGCCACUCUGGAGGAGGUGCUGGAGCUCAUGGCCACAGGCUUUCUGCGCGGUGGAUCUGGCUUCCUGAAGAGCGGAGGAGAGAUGUUGAAGGGGGGAGGCUCUGUCAGCAGGGAGGUGCGGGUGGGCGUCACACAGGCAUACGUUGUGUUUGUGACAACACUUGGCGGUCAGUGGCUUGAGCGCAACUUUGCCACGUUCCUGUCGCACGUGUUGGACCUAGUGUCUCACCCUCGGGCCACGCAGACUCACGUUGAGGCUGUGUACUCGCGCCGCUGCGUCUCCUUCAUGCUGCGCGCCACCUUGGGGGGCUUGCUUGGAGAGAAAGCACAAAUCGCAGCCGGCAAAGAAAUCUGCCAAGCCAUCAGCAAGCAAAUGAGGGCUGUGGGUAAGGAGGAUGGGGGGGAAAUAUCACGGUUCAGAGCAUUACAGAGUAAGUACUCAUCCAUUAUUAUCACCUUUUAAUUCGCUCUUCAUUCAGUUUUGAAAUUGUUGCAUGGCUUGUGCUUAUGUUGUGUGCAGAGACGGCUUCUCUUUUUCU